CCAAGAAAGUCAAAUCCAGGAAGCUUCUGGAUGACAUAAGCCCAUGCGUAAGCCCACAAUCUACCAUUUCCUAUAAAUCAAACAUUUUAUCACCCAAACCCUAAUUUUCUCACUUUGCAGCAACACACAAUUCGCCAUGGGAAGAAGGCCUGCAAGGUGUUACCGCCAAAUCAAGAACAAGCCGUACCCAAAAUCACGGUUUUGCCGUGGUGUGCCUGAUCCGAAGAUCAGGAUCUAUGAUGUGGGUAUGAAGAGGAAGGGUGUGGAUGAAUUCCCAUUCUGCGUCCACUUGGUCAGUUGGGAGAAGGAGAAUGUGUCCAGUGAGGCACUUGAAGCUGCCCGUAUUGCCUGCAACAAGUACAUGACUAAGUUUGCUGGAAAGGACGCCUUCCACUUGAGGGUCAGGGUGCAUCCCUUCCAUGUGCUGCGUAUCAACAAGAUGUUGUCGUGCGCUGGAGCUGAUAGGCUCCAAACUGGUAUGAGGGGUGCUUUUGGCAAGCCUCAGGGUGUGUGUGCUCGUGUGGCCAUUGGGCAGGUUCUCCUUUCCGUCCGCUGCAAGGAUAACAACAGCCAACACGCCCAAGAGGCGCUGCGUCGUGCUAAGUUCAAGUUCCCAGGUCGUCAGAAGAUCAUUGUCAGCAGGAAGUGGGGCUUCACUAAAUUCAACCGUAGUGAUUACGUGAGGUGGAAAUCAGAGAACAGAAUUCAACCUGAUGGUGUCAAUGCUAAGUUGUUGGGUUGUCAUGGGAUAUUGGCUAACCGUCAACCAGGAAGGGCGUUUUUAACUGCUGUUUGAAAUAUUGUGUUGGGCAUGAGACCUAGCCAUUGUGCCGACUUUCUUGUGUCUAGACUUCUCUUUUCAUGUAUCUUUCUUGAUUAGUCGUUUUGGAACUAUUAUCAGAUCAAUAUUUUGUUAUCACUCUAUGAAGAGAAGAAUUGUGUUUUUAGUUUCUGUAA